AUGAUGGACAAUAGAAUAAGCGGAAAGGACAUUUUGGAGGAUGAUAUUAUCCAACAGUUGCGUCGAAUAUGCAGGAUAUCUGGAGUGCGGGUGCUCAUUGACACGGCCAAUGUACGAGAUUCAUUUUAUCGUGCAUCGGUUGACUUUGUCCUUAAAAUUUGUGAAAGGGUAACCCAUCAAUCUCCAUUUGUUGAGAUUGAUGGUGAGGAUGCCCGGCAAUUCAUUGCUAGGCUUGCUGAUAACAUUGGGCUUGAGAAUACUCGUGCUGCAAGAAUGGUGUCUGCAGCUGUUGCUGCACGCACACGGUCAUGUUUUUUACAGGCAUGGGUAGGUUACUCUGCUCCUGUCCUUAUUUCAUAG